UUCAUGUCACACACCCUAAACUGGACUGAAGCGGCUUCCGUAGGAGUGUGAGUGGUUGGGGAGUGACGCAGGGAGCGCUGAACGGGCAGAACAUUUCUACUGUCAAGAUGGCGACAUCGGAGCCGAAAGCAGCUGAAACUGAAGAUCAACCGACUGAGACCCAAGUCGUUGCAAAUCCCGAGCAGUAUAUCAAACACCCCUUGCAAAACAGAUGGGCCCUGUGGUAUUUCAAAAAUGACAAGAGCAAAAGCUGGACAGAGAACCUGCGUCUCAUUUCCAAGUUUGACACAGUGGAAGACUUUUGGGCAUUAUACAACCACAUACAGCAACCAAGCAAACUUGGCUUUGGCUGUGAUUAUUGCUUAUUUAAGGAUGGGAUUAAGCCUAUGUGGGAGGACGACAGGAACAAGCUGGGGGGUCGAUGGCUGAUGACUCUCAAUAAGCAACAGAGACACAAUGACCUUGACCGUUACUGGAUGGAGACACUCUUGUGUUUAGUCGGUGAGUCAUUUGAUGAGGCAAGUGAAGAUGUGUGUGGAGCUGUGGUCAACGUCAGACCCAAGGGUGACAAAAUAGCCAUCUGGACGAGCAACUGCCAAAACAGGGACGCCAUAAUGACGAUAGGGCAACUUUAUAAAGAGCGCCUGAACCUCCCCAUCAAAGCAAUGAUUGGCUACCAGUCACAUGACGACACGUCCAGCAAGAGCGGAUCCACCACCAAGAACAUGUACUCCGUUUGAACCCCCCCCCCCACCAUUUCACCUUGCUGUAGAUUUAAACAAUUACCAACCCGCAUCAUGACAUUAAUAAUUUUUUUGAGUUGUCAACUACUGUAGUGUCCUUUCCUUUUACCUGAAAAGACAAUUGUUCAUAGUGUGUACAGUUGGAGCUUCCCCCAACAUGAGAAAUCAGUGGAGCUAUAGCUAUAAAUAGGAGGAGGCCAAAAAGGAGAGGAGUAUUAGGAUGAAAUGUCAUACGUGAGCAAGAGAACACAAAUGAUUUCAUUUUUAGAGUUGAAGAGUUCUGUGAUAAUACCAGUGACCUCCCCUAGCUUAGCUGAGAACAAGCUUUUUUCAGUACUUAAUGGCUUUGAGUUGCAAAAAAAAAACCAUUUCUUAAUGAUAAGGCCUUGUUCUUCUCAUGCUGAGUUCUCACUCCUUAAAAAAAGUGUUUCUCACCUCACAGGAAAAGAUGGUAGGCAACUUAUCCUUUCACAGAACAAAUUUUAAGGGCAAUUUUAACCUGAUUUAUCCGGAAGUGUUAAGCAUGAGUUGGACUUUCAGACACAGCAGUUUGAAGAAUCUACAGUAUCUUAAAGGUUUGUAAAAGCUGUGGUCACACUCCAAAGUGUAGGGUUUGGAUGUAAGGCCACUAAUUGUUUCAGCCAUGCUGGAAUUAUGAAAUAUUGCUUGUAGUACUUUUUGAACUUUUUUUUCCCUCUUCCCCUUACAUUUAUUUAUAAUGUAUGCAUUGCAGUUGAACUACUUAGUUGAAACACAACCAUGAAAUUCGUGUUUAUCAAAUUGUUUUUUUUUCCUUUUUUUUCUCUCUUUUUUGUUAUAAGGUUAAUAAUGUGGACUACUACAUAUAGAUGACAUUUUUUACAGUGUACCAUACAGUAAAGAUGCUGACAGACUUAGGUGUGCUUUUCACUGUUUUCUUCCUAACAAAAACUGUAGAUAAUGUCGCACUCCUCUCUCGGUUGAUGCGAAGGAAAGAUGAUAUUCAUUGUGAAAUGACUUUGGUCAUAAUGUAUCUUUAUUAUCUGUAAUUCCAGGAUGUAUAUUACCUUCUUUCAAGUAAAGGUUAAGUGCUUUGCAUUAAAACCAGAACUAUGUUGCCUUGA